AUGCCGAGCCGAAAGCGUGAUCGUAAGAACGAGCCUGCGUCCAAGUCUACUGCUUCAAACUCUGCUGCGAAACGCGCAAGAACAGCUGAUGCCGAGAAGACGGAAAAAACCUUUCGCUGCGUCGAUCGUCUUGAUGAAGUCUACAGUGAUCUCUUCAUAAUUUGGUCCCAGACGAUGACUCUGCAACAGAGAAAGUUUCUAACCAGUCAGCUGGGGGAACUCAUGAGGUUGCAAUCAGCCCGGCCUCUCUUGCUCGAUAAAGACAUGAAAUUUUAUCGCCACAUGAUCAAGCGACCUAUCAGUCUUUCCACCAUGCGCAACACCUUGGUCGAUGGUGCGUACACAUCGGUGUCAGACUUCUGUGCCGACUUCAAGAUCAUCAUCACGAAUGUCCAUCUGGCCUUUGGCGAAAGUGGUAGCAGGCCGAUGGAUGCGCGAAGGCUCUUCCGCUGCUUCUGUAAGCGGAUGAGAAAAUGUCCAACUGGCCCCGAAGGCGAAACAGCGUACGAUUAUGAUCGAAGAGUCACAAGGUUCGUUGGAUCACAAACCACAGAUGUCAAAACCAAGGCUCCAAAGCUAUCGUCAGAGAGGCUCGAGGUUAUCAGCAUUGGCUCUGACGAAGACCAGCUUGAUGAAGUUGCUACUGAAACUGAGACCGACCACUCAGAGGAUUUUCUCAGCGAUUCUGUUUUCUUGGACGACGAGCUCGAAGAUUACGCUGUCGUCGAGACUUCUAUAUCGCUGGGCCUGGUACAGGGUGAGCCAUUCUUCUCACAGCAAACUGCAAAGACACCCGAGCCGGACGAUCUCGACGAGGAAGCAAGACAGCUCCACAAGGAAAUCGAGGAACGUCAACAGAAGCUCGCCGACAUGGCGGAGAAGAAGAAACUCCUAGCAGAGAUCAGAGACCUGGAUAACAAAAAGGCAGAAGUCGAUGACAAGAAUUCCGAGACGGAAAGGCAGCUUGAGCAGCUCAACUCAAACAUGGAGGACUGCUUCAUGGAGACGCACAAGCUGCACUUCCGGUCACAAAGUCUCAAGCAGAGAUGGUCACAGAAUCAACAAGAGAAAGGAAGAUUCCAGCAAGAAAGCGAGCGACUGCGACAAGAAACCGAGAGAAACCAGCACGAGAUGAGGAUAGUCAGCCAGGAGAAGGGGACACUCGAGCUAGAGCUCGAAGAGUAUAACCAGACAGCCAACAAACUCGACUCGGACCAAGCCAAAAUCGAAGGAGACAGACAGCUAGUCCUCGAAGAUGGUGUGCAGCUUAGGAAGAGACGCGAUGAGCUCGAAAAUCAGCGAGCUAUUGCAAAGAAGAAACUGGAGGAACUGAACAGCGGUAAUUUCUGA